GAUAAUUCAGCAUAUGAAUCCCACGAAAUAUCCAUGUUCACAUCUACACACAUAUUAACAUUGCAGGAAAGCUAAGAAGAGACCGUUUGUGGAAGGACAGGGGAUGGUGGGGACUCUCCGGGUGAAGGAAGAGAAGAAGACAUCGAGAUCAGCGUCGGGGAAAUUAGCUUUGAGGUAUCGCUCAACAGAAAGCUUGCUGGCGAAGAUGUGCUGCUACUCUGCUAGACGUUCCGACAAAUUCAGUUACCAUGGAAAGUGAGGGGACCCAAAGAAGUUACCAUGGAAAGUGAGGGGGAGGACCAAAAAUGAAAAGUCUCAUAUAAGCUCUUCACAUUGCUACCACACCGUUCCAUUAUUUGUUGCAGUUACCAUGGAGAGUGAGACCCAAGGCCACCCUAUAACAUGCAAAGCGGCGGUUGCUAGAAGACCCGGGGAGCCAUUGGUUAUUGAGGACAUCGUUGUGGCGCCGCCAAGCCCCAGUGAAGUUCGAAUUCGUGUUAUAUGCGCCUCUCUCUGCGGCAGCGAUGCUACUUUCUUGAAGCUCCAGGGAGGUCCUCCUGGAUAUUUUCCAAGAAUUCUGGGUCAUGAAGGAGUUGGGAUUGUGGAAAGUGUAGGAAAAGAUGUAGCUGAAGUUACAAAAGGAGAUGUGGUUAUUCCAAUUUUUCUUCCAGAUUGUGGAGAGUGUACAGAUUGCAAAUCAACAAAGAGCAAUCGUUGUACUAAUUUCCCUUUCCGGGUAUCCCCAUGGAUGCCUCGAGAUGGCACAUCGAGAUUCACCGAUCUAAAUGGAGAUAUCAUAUACCAUUUCAUGUUUAUUUCAAGUUUCAGUGAGUACACUGUCGUUGAUGUUGCCAAUCUAAUAAAGAUUGGCCCAGAAACCCCCCGGGACAGGGCAUGCCUGCUCGGUUGUGGCGUAUCAACUGGGGUAGGUGCUGCUUGGAGAACAGCAAAUGUGGAGCCUGGGUCUUCAGUGGCUAUUUUUGGGCUGGGAUCUGUUGGAAUUGCGGUUGCUGAGGGAGCUAGACUUUGUGGAGCUACUAGGAUUAUAGGUGUGGAUGUCAACCCAGAAAAAUAUGAAAUUGGGAAAAAGUUUGGACUCACAGACUUCAUCAAUCCUAAAGAAUGUGGGAACAAACCAGUGAGCCAGGUUAUCAUAGAGAAAACUGGCGGCGGAGCAGAUUAUUGCUUUGAGUGUGUUGGUAUGGCAUCAUUGGUGCAUGAAGCUUUUGCUUCUUGUAGAAUGGGUUGGGGAAAAACAAUUGUUGUAGGAGUGGACAAGCCAGGAGCCAUGUUGAGCCUCAGUUCAUAUGAGGUACUUCAUGAUGGGAAGACCCUCAUGGGAUCCUUAUUCGGAGGACUCAAACCUAAGACUCAUGUCCCCAUUCUCCUCAAAAAAUACAUGGACAAGGAACUGCAAUUGGAUGGGUUUGUCACUCAUGAAGUGGAGUUUAAGGACAUCAAUAAAGCUUUUGAUUUAUUGUAUAAAGGAGAGAGUCUCCGAUGUGUGAUUUGGAUGCACAGAUGAGUACAUUAGAUUCUCAUGUAAUCCUAGCCCCAUGAAUAACCAUGAGAUGCAAACAUGAAACAUUGUUGUGCAGUCCUCUUUUCGUUAUUUAUGUAAGAACUUAUCUAUUUCACAGAAGUGAUAUUAUUCUACUUCACUGCAAAUGCAUGUGAUGUGCCGGUAAAGUAACUGAUUCGGGAGGUGCCGGAGGUCUUUGAUGCUCCGAAGUGCCUUAGUCUGUAUACUCCAGAAAUAGCAUGAUUUGGUAUUUCCCAUUCUAUGGUGGCUAAGCCAUGCAAGGAACUAUUGUCUAAUUUCCACUUGAAAAACAAGCUUAGAUCAUCAUCAUCAUGAAUGGUAAGCCACUUUUUCCCUUGAAGCAUCUCCACCGUGGAAAAUGUACCUUCUGUUAGAAGGUCAUGUCUUGGGUUGGCGCUCCAGAACGUGGCGCUCGGCCUAUCUCCCUUGGAGAAGUAGCCUCUUUUUGGAAGGGCUAUGUCUUGUUUUGUGUCACCGAACUUGAUGCCUUUUGGAGGUGACUCCUCAAAAGGACCAAGUAAGAGGCUUAGUUGUUGCGAUGAAAGAUCCGGUGGCGAAGGGCCUUUUGCGGCGAUUUUCUCCCCUUUAGCCAUUGCUCGCGCUAGCUUAUUGAAUUCUUGGAUAUAUGCAGAUAAUGUGUGAGGACCAUAGAGAGUUGAAGCAGCCUGCUCAAUUUAACACUGUUUCAGGUAAAUUUUUUUGAGUUUAUAACUAUAUAACUUUGAGGUUUCCACUAGGUUUACUCAUACACCCUAAAGUUCUAGUAGUCCAUUAGUACUAGGCUCACUAAGAUUUCUUAGGAUGUAAGAUUUAGAAUGUUUGUUUGUAAUCUCUUUCGUUAAGUAAAUGCUGAUGUGACA